UCUGUCUGUAGCCCAGUAAGCGCAGGAAGGGGACAGGGUUGGCGCUUUUCCUUUGCCUGUUUGACCAUCACAAUUUGCUGAAUCACACAAACUCUAUCGCAUCGUCAAAACUUUGAAGACAGAUCGCAGUGGAUUUCAGUCCGUGGAUACACAGCGCGACAUUUCCCCUCCGUCAGCUAGAGAAGGUGUCUCCUUCCGCACAACUCUUCACGGCGAAAAGACCUUUCUUUUUCACUUCUGCCUUCUGUCACCUACGGGACCACCGCUCGCGAGCCACACGCUUUUAAAAGUUUGCCUUUCAUGUGAAUGUACAGGACUCCUCUGAGAAAUGAAGCUCAGCAGACAGUUCACAGUUUUUGGCAGUGCCAUAUUCUGUGUUGUGGUAUUUUCCUUGUACCUGAUGUUGGAUCACAUAGAUCAUAGCAAAAACCCAAAUGGAGAGAGAAUUCAAAAUGGUCAGCUUGGUAUUCUGCAGGACAAAAUAGACCACUUAGAAAGACUACUUGCAGAGAACAAUGAGAUCAUUGGCAACAUCAGGGACUCCGUAAUUAACCUGAGGGAAACUGUGAAAGAUGGGAAAAUGUUUCCUGAAGGGAACAUGAGUCAGGGGGACUUGGAAUUGCUGCCCCCUGCUCCUGCACUGCUCCCCAUCCACUCAGAGGACUGCCAGUUUACAGCAAGGACCUACUCCAAGGCAGCGGAUGGAGUACAGAUGCUGGAUGUUUAUGAUUUACUCAGCUUUGAUAACCUUGAUGGUGGAGUAUGGAAACAAGGCUUUGAUAUCUCUUAUAAGGACAAUGAAUGGGACAAUGAGCCACUCCAAGUCUUUGUUGUGCCGCAUUCACAUAAUGACCCUGGCUGGCUGAAGACAUUCGAUGACUACUAUAGAGACCAGACGCAACACAUUCUCAACAACAUGGUGGUGAAAUUACAUGAAGACAGUCGGAGAAAAAUGAUCUGGUCUGAGAUCUCGUAUUUUUCCAAAUGGUGGGACAACAUCGAUGAGCAGAAACGAGAUGCUGUCAGGAGGCUGAUAGAGAGCGGUCAGCUCGAAGUGGCUACAGGAGGCUGGGUGAUGCCUGACGAAGCCAACACUCACUACUUUGCAUUGAUAGAUCAGUUAGUUGAAGGUCACCAGUGGUUGGAGAGAAAUUUGGGAGUGAAACCCAAGACUGGCUGGGCUGUGGAUCCAUUCGGUCACACUCCUACCCAGGCUUACCUGCUGAGACAAGCCGGUCUAUCUAACAUGCUGAUCCAGAGAGUACACUACUCAGUGAAGAAACACUUCGCCUCUCAGAAGACCCUGGAGUUCUUCUGGAGACAGAACUGGGAUCAGGACUCAAGUUCAGAUAUUUUGUGUCACAUGAUGCCAUUCUACAGCUACGAUGUUCCCCAUACAUGUGGUCCUGACCCAAAAAUCUGCUGCCAGUUUGACUUUAAAAGGCUGCCGGGAGGAAGAAUCAGCUGUCCAUGGAGAAUUCCUCCUCAGGCUAUCACAGAUAUCAACGUACAGGAGAGAGCUCAGACGCUACUGGACCAGUACAGGAAGAAAUCCAAACUUUUUCGGACCAAUGUGCUGCUGGCACCACUUGGAGAUGAUUUCCGCUACACUGAAGCUGUUGAAUGGGACCAACAGUUUGAAAACUACCAGAAACUCUUUGACUACAUGAAUUCUCACCCUGAGCUUCAUGUCCAGGCCCAAUUUGGAACUAUUUCAGAUUAUUUCGAGGCCUUGCGUAAAAGCACUGGCAUGGAUCCGGUUGGCAUUAAUGUGGGCCAGUUGGCUUUGCCUGUGCUAAGUGGAGACUUUUUCACUUAUGCGGAUCGAGACGAUCACUACUGGAGUGGAUACUUCACCUCACGGCCGUUCUACAAACGCCUGGACAGAGUGCUGGAAUCACACCUCAGGGCAGCUGAGGUCCUCUACUCUCUGACCUUGGCCAACAUUCAGAAGUACGGCCAGCCCAAUGAUUACCCUGCAGUGGAUAAUUACAAGUUACUGACAGAAGCCAGACGCAAUCUAGGUCUCUUUCAACAUCAUGAUGCCAUCACGGGCACGGGCAAAGACUGGGUGGUUGUGGACUAUGGAACCAGGUUGUUUCACUCUAUUCUGAAUGUGAAGCGAGUGAUUGUGAGCUCAGCUCACUGGUUGGUGCUCAAGGACAAACAAACAUACUUCCAUGAUCCUUCAAAUCCCUUUCUUCAGAUGGAUGAUGUUCAGCCAUCCCAAGAUGCAUUACCUCGCAAAAUAAUUUUUGAAGUUCAUGAAAAACCAAGGUUGUUGGUGGUUUACAACCCCACAGAGCAAGCCAGGAUGUCCAUGGUUACAGUAUAUGUGACGACUCCUAAAGUGCGCGUGCUGAAUGCUCUGGGUCAUGUGGUCCGUGCUCAAGUCAGCGCAAUGUGGAAUGAUGCCAGUCAUACUGCUGCCGACGUCUUCCAGUUGUCGUUUGUGGCUCAAGCUGCUCCUCUGGGACUGAGCGUGUACCAGCUGAUGGAAGGAAUGGAGCCAAGGACAGAAGCUGCUAAGUACAUGUUUCUUCAGGAUGGCAGGCAGAUUUCAAUCAGUGAACUGGAGCAUUUCCGACAGUUCUACCAACAAGAUGCGGCUCCUGUGCACAUUGAAAAUCCUCACCUGAAACUCUCCAUCUCUACAGCUACAGGACUUUUAGAGAAAAUGAGGUUGAAGGAGGAUGACUCUGAGCACCUGGUCAAGGUGGAGUUUGUUUUGUACGGCACCACCAGCAAUAAAGACAAGAGCGGCGCCUACCUGUUCCUGCCUGACAAAGAAGCAACAAUUUACUCUCCCUCUCAACCGCCGGUGGUUCGAGUCACUAAAGGGCCGCUGUUUUCUGAAGUCACCACUACCUUCAUGCACAUCACACACACUCUCCGGCUCUACAACAUCCAGGGUGUAGAGGGUCAGUCUGUUGAGAUCUGUAACACUGUAGAUAUAAGAGGCGAAACCAACCGUGAAAUUGCAAUGAGGAUAACCUCAGAUCUGAACAGCAAAGAUCGAUUCUUUACUGACCUCAAUGGCUACCAGCUGCAGCCCAGGAAAACCAUGGCUAAGCUCCCCCUGCAGGCAAACUUCUACCCCAUGACCAGCAUGGUCUACCUGCAGGACUCCAGCGCCAGACUCUCUCUGCUCACCGCACAGUCACUCGGAGCGGCCAGCCUCAAGAGCGGUCAGCUGGAGGUGAUUAUGGACCGCAGGCUCAAUCAGGAUGAUAAUCGAGGUUUAGGUCAGGGAGUCCUGGACAAUAAGAUCACUGCCAACUCCUUCCGCCUACUGCUGGAGAAGAGGAGCUCUGCGGAGGAGGCCCAGAAUGAGGAGACUGCACCAUAUAGCUAUCCGUCUAUAUUGAGUCACAUGUCGUACAUGUACCUGAACCAUCCCCUCAUCUCAAUGGCAGUCAAUCAGCGCUCGGACAACCCAUCCUUGACUCCCUACAGCCCUCUGAGCGCCUCCUUCCCCUGUGACAUGCAUCUGGUUAACCUGCGUGCUAUCCAGUCAAAGGAGGAAGGGGGAGGUCCAUCCGAGCAAGCUGCUUUGAUACUGCACAGAAAAGGCUUUGACUGUGGCUUCUCCAAUCGGAACACUGGCCUACUGUGUACCACUACACGUGGCAAGAUUCAUUUAGAGAAGCUCCUGACAGAUUUGAAGGUGAAAAGCAUCACUCCUGUAUCGCUGUCUCUGAUGCACACACACAAUAGUGACGCCGACCCCCAGGAGAUCAGCCUUAAACCCAUGGAAAUCAGGACUUACCGCCUGCAGCUGAGCUGAGCUGCAGUCACAUCGGCUCAUGUCCUCUGUGUUUUACACUCGAGAGCCGUGAGGUUGUUGCCUUCAGCCAAGGACUCGGUAAACGAUUGUCGACAGAAACCUUAAGCUUCACUGCAAAACGCAAUGUGAAACAUCCCAUGAUUUCCCAACCAGCUCUCUCAGGUUAUUGAACAUAAUGUGACACUUCUUAUGUGUGAUUCACUGUGCUGAGAGUUGACAUUUUGCACUGGGAACGUACAAGUUGUUGUACGCUUUUAAAGUGUUGCUACAGUGGGCAUGUUGCAAGAAACGCUCUUCUUACUUCUGUUACAUGACGAAGAGAAAAGCUCCCGUUUUAUAUUUCCCAGAUGAAAGUUAAUAUAUACAGAUUGUAAAAUUGAUUGGAGUCUUACCAAAAAUUUUAUUUGAUUUGAUUAUUUUAUUGCAAUCCCAAAGUUUUUACUCUGAACUGUGCCUUUUAGUCUCGCAGGGUGGUGUUUGUCUUAAUGGAUGUGAGAAAUUAGUAUAAAGAAAUUAAAGUCAUCUUUAAACAUCCACAUAUCUUCACAAUCAUACAUUUGGUAUUUUCUAAUGCAGAUCAACUAAAUUGCUAUUGUGUUGUUUGUUUGUUUUUAAAUGUCCCUUGCAAAUGACCGCAAAUUACAUGUGUUUAUCACAUUCAUUAAAAUAGGUUUAAUGCAACUUGAAAUUUAAAUGAUGAAGCCUCAGAUUCUGUCUUUAUCUUUUUUUAAACAUAUAGAUACUGUAUACAUGCCACCUUUUUUCUUGUUAAUUUGUCUAUUUUAUGCAGUCUGAAGGAUUGUAAAUAGGUUUAGUAACAACUUAAAUUCAUCAAAGGUGGGUGGGUGACUUGCAACAAUUUCCUAAAGAAUGUAUAUUGAAAAUUGAAUUCCAUUGUUCUCAGAGAUGAUAAUUAUCAAAGAAGAAAUUAAAUGUUUUAUUUAAUAUAUUAGGCUAUAUGAAUAGAAACAUGCAUAUAUUUUUAUCAAAAUAAAUAUAAAUUCAUGCAGUGGUUUAUUUGAAAGGGGUAACGAAUCAUAAAAUGGUGUCGUGGUUAUUAUGGAUUAUAAACUUUGUGUGAUUGUGUUGAGGUUUAUGAAUGGAAAUGAUCUUAGAUUUAUUACACAAUCAAACUAUGCAAAUGCACAUUUUUGUCUUAUGCAACAAUGAUCUAUUUUUUUUAAACCGACUGGUAACACGGGACCUACGGGGUUUAUCUUAAAUCAAGUCCGAAAUUCUCCAUAUUUUACCUGACAAAAGUUCUCGAGAAUUUUUUCUGGUAUGUUGUAGAUUUGCAACAAG